GCUUCCUGCUGGGGCUUCCGUGGCCUCGCCCCACAUUUGGGGCAUUUCUAUCCCUGACACAGGGACCUGGAUCUGGGCUCUUGCCCUGGUCAGCACGGACAUGGUGCCCCUUCUGCUGCUGCCCCUGCUGUGGGGGGGGUCCCUGCAGGAGCAUCCGGAGUACCAGCUCCGAGUGCAGGACUCCGUGACUGUGCAGGAGGGUCUGUGUGUCCACGUGCGCUGCUCCUUCUCCUACCCUUUGUACUGGUGGGAUUCCAACAAGACGCCCUACAUAUACUGGCUCCAGGGUGGGGACACCCCAAAUAACCGUCGUCCCGUGGCUACAAACAACCCACAGAGACCAGUGAAGGCAGAAUCCCAAGGCCGAUUCUUCCUCACCGGGGACCCCUGGGCCAAGGACUGCUCCCUGAGAAUCAGAGACGCCAGGAGGAGCGACGAGGGAGUCUACUACUUCCGAGUGGAGAGAGGAGAAGAAGUGAAAUAUACCUACACAGAUACACCGCUGACUCUGCGGGUGACAGCCCUGACCCAGGACCCUGACAUUCACAUCCCGGAGCCCCUGAAGUCUGGCUGGCCCGCACAGCUGACCUGCAGCCUGCUGGGGUCCUGCGAAGGGGGAAGACCUCUCACGUUCUCCUGGGCGGGGGCUGCCCUGGACUCGCUGGACCCCGAGACCCUGCACUCCUCGGUGCUGACCUUCACCCCGAGACCCCAGGACCAUGGCACAAACCUCACCUGUCAGGUGCAACUGCCAGGAGCUCAGGCUACCCUGGAAAGAACCAUCUGGCUCAAUGUCUCCUAUGCUCCCCACGACCUCACCAUCGGCAUCUUCUUCAGCAACGACACAGCCCUCAGGAUUCUGGAAAACACCUCAUCCCUUGUCAUCGGGGAGGGCCAGGCUCUGCGGCUGCUCUGUGCUGUGGCCGGCAAUCCCCCUGCCGAGCUGAGCUGGUUCCGGGGGUCCCCCGCCCUGAAUGCCACCCCCAUUGGCCUGACCCACACUCUGGAGCUGCCCCAAGUCCGGGCUGAGGAGGAAGGAGUCCUCACCUGCCAAGCUCAGAACUCGCUGGGCUCCCAGCACGUCUCCCUGCAUCUCUCUGUGGUCGACCCGCCUCGGCUGCUCAGCCCCUCCUGCUCCUGGGAGGGCGAGGGGCUGCGCUGCACCUGCUCCUCCAGAGCCCGGCAGGCCCCCACCCUGCGCUGGCGGCUGGGGGAGGGGCUGCUGGAGGGGAACCACAGCAACGCCUCCGUGACCAUCACUUCCAGCUCUGCGGAGCCCUGGGCCAACAGCUCCUUGAGCCUCACUGGGCCGCUGGGCUCUGACCUCAUACUCAGCUGCGAGGCCCUGAAUGCCUACGGGGCCCAGAGCGCCACCGUCCUGGUGCUGCUGUCAGGGAAGCCGCUCUCCUUGGCAGAAGCCGCGCCUGCAGCCAUGGGAGGCGCCGGGGCCUCGGCUUUGCUGUGUCUGUGUUCGUGCCUCCUCUUCCGCCUAGUGAAAGCCCGCAGGAAGCAAGCAUCUGGGGGUCAAGAGGCCAUGGAUGAUGAAGACCCUGUCAUGGGUACAGUCGCCUGGGGUUCCCGGAAGAAGCCCUGCCCAGACAGCGCCCCGGACCAAGCGACCCCUGCCGGGGAUGGCCCUCUCCCUGGGGAGCAGCAGGAGCUCCACUACGCCUCGUUCAGCUUUCUCGGGAUGCAGAUGAGGGAACCGCAGGACCAGGAGACCACCAGCACUACCGAGUACUCGGAGAUCAGAGCAAGCAAGUGAGGGCUGCCUGGAGCUCAGCGCUGGCCCCAGGAAUCCCAGCCCUGCGGGGAGAGGAGAAGUCAGGCACCAGCUGAUGACGUGUGUGGAGCCCCGUGGCAACGUGAAAGAGGAAGACUGUCUGCGUGUCCCCGGGUGGAGCAGAUUUGGGCUCGAACGCAGGCUGUCCAGUAAGUCACUUCAUCUCUCCGUGCUUCAGUUUCCUUUUCCGUGAAUCAGAGAGAGAUCCUGCAUCUGCCUCGAAGGUGGUUGUGAACAGUAAAGAAAUUAACACACAGAAAUCAGCCAGCGGAGAUCUUGUCGCACCAUGAGGGCUCAGGGCCUUCUGAUCUCUCUUCUUUGGACAGAAAGGUCCUGCCGGAAAGGUACCCUGGGGCUGAGGGUGACCGGCCCAGGGCGCAUGGUAGCACGAGGCUGGUGUCAUUCUCCUUCAGAGCCUCCCCAGGGAACGACCAGCCCCUCAGUCUGGCUUUUGGUUUCACGAUACAGCAUCUUAUCAUCUCUGUGGGGUCUUCUCCUCGUCACACUUGUACCUGUCAAUUCUUCCAGCACAUUCCAUCACCUCCUGACCUCCUGUCCCUUCCCAUCUCAUUCACGGGCUCCACAGGGAUCUGUCCGACAGCCUGAGAGCUGACCUUGAGUCUCCUGCACACACCCAUUCCAGGCUCCCUAGGCUGAGACAUCGCAAGCAUUUGCCCCUGCCCCUGGCAUCUAAGGUCCAGCAACCCCCCCCCCCAUGUCUUCUGUUGGAAAAGAAACAAUGGACCCCAAAUGGAGGGAGGUACUUGCCCUCAACACAGCAAACCCAAGACUCAUUGGAGUUUCAACCUCUCCCAGAAAUGUGACCUUUACACGGUCGGUCUGAAAUUUCCUGAUCAGCACUGAUGAGGUCACCUGUAGGGUAGGAUCGUCCCCCAAAAAGAUGGUCCAAUCAGAAAAAAAAUCCUUCCUUUCUUUUGAGAAUUCUUCCUCGGGCCACACACACCCUCCGCUACUUACAACUCAGAGCACCUGUCUCCUUAUCGGAAGGGAUGCUGCCAGAUUCAUGAGUCUUUGAAUAAAGCCAAUUACAUGCUCUGA